AUGCAGCACCCAGAAGCCUCUCAUCACCCCCCAGACAUCCAGGCGGCUUUGGCGCUUGCUCACCGCCUGGUGGCAGAGGGCCAGCCGCUGGUGGCGCUCAAGGUCGUGGCAGAUGUAUUGCGGGCAGCGGGCCUGGAGCGCGAAGCCAACGAGUCGGUGGCCAAGGUGCAGCAAGCGCUGGCUGCGGGCAGCGCCAGCGCGGGCGCAGCCGACGAGCUGGCGGGGCUGCUCUCGCUGAUCAGCCUGCAGCAGGCGCCGCCUCAGGCCCCCAGCGGCCUUCUCUACCACCACCAGCAGCAGCAGCAGCAGCAGGCAAGCUUUCGCGGCGGCAGCGAGGGCGGGCCCGCAGGGAUGGACAUUGAGGGCGGCACGGGGCCUGGGCCUCCUGCUGGUGGCGGGCCGGCGGCACAGCCUCAUGACCUUGAGCUGCUGGCCUGCCGGGCCGAGGGAGCCAGCUAUGUGUGCCAGCUGUGCGGCGGCGUGGUCAGCGUGGCGCGCCAGCAGGCGCACCAGCAGCUGUGGUGCCCUGCGCUGCAGCAGCGAGGGUGA